GCAACAUCGUUUCCCUCAGUUGUAAACAAUCAUAAGCACGAAGGAGCUAAAUAGAUUCUUGAUAACCACGGCAGGAAUGCAACGUGCAAUCUGACGUGGUGUAGCCUAUCUGUCGUUAUUCUUGAUUAAAUUAUGUAGAACUAAAACCUCCGUGCUGUAAUUUUACAACAGCAGUUUUAAAGAAACAACCUAGCACACGGAUCACCAAUUCACUGAUUUACUUCUCAUUUUGUGAUGUCUCGCGAAAUAUCCUUUCUACCAGAGAAGUCGUCUUGUGUGUACACACAAUGCUAUUGUGAAGAGAACGUGUGGAAGAUGUGUGAGUGUGUGAAAUUACACCAACCAGAUCAGCUCGAUAGAUGCCAUGCUGUGUUCAUCUCUAACACCAACAAGACGGUGCCUUUGUGGAUGCAAGUUGCAGCAAGUAACCCCACAAAACCAGUAGUAUGGGACUAUCACGUGAUAUUUGUGUAUAAAGAUUGCGUCGGCUGCUUGGUAUACGAUCUGGACACAGUGCUGCCGUUCCCAUACACAUUCAGGAAAUAUGCAUCUCAAACAUUUAGAAGUGAUCUCAUUCUACUCCCAGAUUAUCACCGGUUGUUUCGGGUGGUACCAGCACGCGUGUAUCUAGAGCAGUUUGCUUCUGACCGGUCACACAUGUUAGCCAGUGGAGAAUAUCAGAUGGAACCUCCAGAUUACCCUUGCAUUCAAACCACGGAGUGCAGUAACAACCUAGCAGAUUUUAUCAGUAUGAAGGAGGAUGAAGGCUGCGGUGAAGUGAUGAAUCUCGUGCAGUUUCUCCAUACGUUUUCCUUGCCCCACAGAUGAGUUGUUCAGUAUAGACAUGUAAAUAGUCAAUUAUAAAUUAUACAAAUAGAUACC